AUGGCAUCACAAGAAGUGUCCAAGAUAUUUGUCGUUGGCGGAACCGGUGCCCAGGGCAUACCCGUUGUCUCAAGACUAGUGUGUGAUAAAAAGUACCAAGUCAGAGUGCUGACUCGCUCCAAAACUUCCCCUCGUGCUAAACGCCUAGCAUCUCUUGGAAACGUCGAAUUCAUAGAAGGUACUUUUGCCAGUGAAUCCGAUCUACGUCAAGGCUACAGAGGUUGUGAUGGCGCGUUUAUCAAUAUUGAUGGGUUCAAUUGUGGCGAAAAAACUGAGACGUACUGGGCAAUUCGCGCUUACGAGCUUGCCCUUGAAGAAGGAAUCAAUUUUUUUGUCUACGGAAACUUGGAUUAUGGAUAUAAGAAGAGUGGAUAUGAUCCAAAGUUCCGCUGCGGACAUUACGAUGGAAAAGGACGAAUCGCUGAAUGGGUGCUUUUCCAAAACCAAAUCAACCAGGAUCGGAUGAAGGCCUCUAUUUUGACAUCUGGUCCUUAUAUCGAUAUGACUAUUGCGAACGGGACACCGAUGACUCCAACGGUGGAAGAUGGUAUCGUUACUUGGCGGGCGCCAUUAGGUGCAGGUGCUGUACCCCAUGUGUCGCUAGAGGAUUGCGGGUACUAUGCCCGAUGGCUAUUCGACAACAUCGACAAAGCAAAUGGAUUGGACUUGGAAGUCGCCAUUGAACAUCUACAUUAUGAGGACCUAGCCCGGGCUUUCGAAGCCGUCACAGGACAUUCGGCGCGCUUUAUUGAUGUGGAUCUGGACACAUACUGGACAACAGGGCCAAUGAGCAUGGCUGCGGAGCUGGGAAGUGGUUACAACUCCGAUCCCAGUGACCCGGCUUUCAUGACAAUUCGACAAAAUUUCACCGGAUUUUGGAAUCUGUGGAAACAUUCUGGCCAUAAUCAGGGGAUAAUCAAAAGAGACUAUAAGUUGCUUGAUGAGAUCCAUCCAAACAGGUUCAAGACUGCUGAACAGUGGUUUCGAGAGAUGAAUGCUCAGGGAAUCGAGGAUGGCAGUGGCUCUCUAUGGGAAAAGGUGCAGCCGGGGAAUCUGAAGCCGGUCUUGAAGAUGGCUGAGGAUGGGAUGCAGGGAAAGCUUUGA